AUGAAAGAAUCUCUGCAGAUCGUUGCUCUGGUUUUAGGAUUUUUGGGGAGCGUGAUCGCGUUUAUUACCCUCCACAAUCACACCUGGAAGGUUUCCACCGACUACGGGAACGUUAUCACCACCUCCAACAUCUUUGAGAACCUGUGGAUGUCCUGCGCUGAGGACUCCACCGGCAUCUACGACUGCUGGCACUUCCAGUCUCUGCUGGCUUUACCGGGUUUUAUCCAGGCGUGUCGGGCCCUCAUGAUCGCUUCCAUAGUGUUGGGGACACUCGGUCUCAUUGCCACGCUGGUCGGGAUGCAGUGUUCCAAAAUCGGAGGAGAGAACUAUGUACUGAAAGGGCGCAUCGCUGCUCUCGGAGGAAUCUUCUUCAUCCUGGAGGGUGUGUGCACCAUGAUCGCUGUGUCGUGGUAUGCCUUCAACAUCACACAGGAGUUCUUCGAUCCGCUUUAUCCUGGAACAAAGUUCGAGAUCGGAGAGGGUUUGUAUAUCGGCUGGUGUUCAGCAAUUCUCACUCUCAUUGGUGGAUCCUGUUUACUGUGCACGUGUGGAAACAACAACGAUGAUGAGAAACUGCCGUACCAUUAUCAGUCCCAGCGCAGAGGAGCAGCUUACGCCCCCUCCAUCAUAUCCCAGCAACCCAGUCACUACAACCGAAACGCCUACGUCUAGACGUGUAUUAACACUGAACCCAUGCGGUGACGUCAUGGACCCAAAAAGACUUCCUGACUGGAGGAACUCUGACUGUCCAGUACCGAGCCCUGACCUCAUCCAACAGCUUCAGGAUUCACUUUGUACAAUAAACACUU